AUGACCUUUGAGAAUGCAAGGGACAGCGCAUCUUGCAGGAUAGUUGGUUUUUCCAACUCAUUACUGCAGACAGUGCUCACCUUCCUCCUGCCACUUUGUGGGAGAAAUAAAGUAGACCACUUCCUUUGUGAGAUCCCUGCGCUGCUCAAGCUUGCCUGUGUCGACAUCACUAAGACUCAGUCUGAGAUGUUCUUUGUGAGCGUCAUCAUUCUUUUCAUUCCUGUUUCGUUAAUCAUGUUCUCCUAUGGCCGUAUUGUCAGGGCUGUCUUACGGAUAAAGUCAGCAGCUGGGCAGGGAAAAGCGUUCGGGACAUGUGGGUCCCACUUCCUGGUGGUCUCCCUGUUCUAUGGCACAGCUAUGUAUGCUUACCUGCAGCCCACCAAUAACUACUCUCAGGAUCAGGGCAAGUUCACAACUCUCUUUUAUGGCGUCAUUACUCCCAUGAUGAACCCCCUCAUAUACACUCUGCGGAACAAGGAUGUGAAGGGAGCUAUGAAGAGGGUGCUUUGGAAGGACUCUGGCUCCAGAUGA